AUGACAACUGUGACGCACAACGACUACACAGUCGCAUGGAUUUGCGCCUUGCCGCUGGAAACAGCAGCGGCCCGCAGUAUGCUGGACAGAACCCACAGUCCGCUGCCUAUGCCCUCCACGGAUUCGAAUGCUUACCAACUUGGUGAACUAAACGGCCACUAUAUUGUGAUCGUCAGCCUGCCAAACGGGAUAUACGGCAAAGUGUCUGCUGCAGCUGUAGGGACUCGCAUGCGCUUGACCUUUCCUCAGCUUCAAUAUGGAUUGAUGGUGGGGAUCGGAGGCGGAGUCCCGGGCAAAAGUCAUGACAUUCGAUUAGGCGAUGUAGUGGUAAGCAAACCAUCUGGAAAGCACAGUGGAGUAAUCCAGUAUGAUUAUGGCAAGGCGAUUCAAGACGGCCAAUUUGAGGUAACAGGGGCCCUGAACAAACCACCACAGGUGCUUUUGACUCAUAUGGGUCAACUGGAGGCAAAACAAAUGACUGAAGGCCAGGACGCUCUUUCUCAUAUAGUGAAUGGAAUCUUGAUAAAAAAUCCUAAUAUGCAAGUACGAUUUUCACCUCCUGACCGGUACACUGACUUUCUAUUUCAUUCCUCUUAUCAUCAUAUCGCCGGGGAAGGUACUUGUGAACAUUGCGACAAAGAAAAAUUAUAUAAACGGCAACCACGAAAGACAAGAACACCUCAGAUUCACUAUGGGUUGAUUGCAUCAGGGGAUCAGGUAAUAAAGGACUCCGAAACACGAGAUCGCCUAGCACAGCAGUAUGGAAUCCUCUGCUUUGAAAUGGAGGCGGCCGGGCUGAUGGAUGAGCUUCCAACGCUUGUGAUCCGAGGGAUAUGCGAUUAUUGCGACUCUCAUAAACAGAAACAGUGGCAAGGAUAUGCAGCGUUGACAGCGGCUGCUUACGCAAAAUUGCUGUUAUUGGCGAUUCCUGUUAGACGUCCAGAUGCCAACUUACUGAACAACAAGAUGAUAAGGCACUGGAUAGUACCGCUCGCAAGGAAUCCCAAGUUUGUCGGGCGUCAAGAUGAGAUCACAAAACUGGAAGAAUUAAUAACAAUGCAAGACGGUCCUAGAAAAAUCGCUAUCACCGGGCUAGGCGGGGUCGGGAAGACCCAAGUGGCUUUGGAGCUCGCACACCGCAUCCGGGACCGAGAUAAGGAGUGCUCAGUCUUCUGGAUCCCCUGUACUAGCCAUGCCAUAAUUGAGCAGAUGUUUAUGCAAAUUGCACAGACACUCGGACUUCGUGAUGGGAAUCUGGCAGAGGUCAAAGAACAGGUCAAGAGAUACCUCAGCUCUAAGCGCGCAGGAAAGUGGCUUCUUGUUUUUGAUAAUGCAGACGAUGCAGAGAUGUCGUUCGCCGCCAAUCAUACAGCUCCACCUCUUGAAGAUUUUAUCCCUGAGAGUAAGGACGGCAGUAUUCUGUUCACCACUCGAAACCGAAAACUCGCUAUGAAGCUGGCACCAUUCAAUAUUGUUUCCAUUCCAGAUGUGGAUAAAGAAACGGCAGUCAGAAUCCUGGAUAAGACAUUAGCACACGAGGGCUUGCUAAGAGAUACUACCACAACUGCUACUCUCCUGGAACAAUUGGCUUUUCUUCCUUUAGCAAUAACGCAGGCAUCGGCAUAUAUCAUUGAAAACGGUACCGAUUUGGCAACCUACCUGACCCUUCUCCAAGAGCAGGAACAAUAUGCUGUCGAACUCCUGAGCGAAGACUUCAGGGAUCUAGGACGCUAUAAGGAUAUUCAGAAUUCUGUGAUGACCACCUGGUUAAUAUCAUUCAAAGACAUCCAGCAGCAAGAUCAAUUAGCUGCUGAUUAUUUAUCUUUCAUGGCCUGUAUCGAACCGCGAAACAUUACCCAGUCCCUGCUUCCUCAACCCGCAUCGAAAAAGCAGAAAGUCGAUGCCUUGGGGCUCUUAAAUGCAUACUCGUUUACGAACAAACAAGGCAUGGAUAUCAAUAUGCACCGACUGGUCCAUAUUGCGACCCGAAACUGGCUCAGGAAGAAUGCGUUAUUCAGCCACUGGAUCAAAAGGGUGGCUGAUCAUAUGCAGAAUGUAUUUCCAGAUAAUCACCACACCAAACGAGAACUUUGGCGGCAAUACCUUCCUCACGCUUUAGCCGUUUUGCGUGAUAAUGAAAUUGUGGUACAGGAGAACGAUUACUUGAGUUUGACUAGAAAGGUUGCAGAUUGCCUUUUCAGUGACGGAAGAUAUCAGGAAGCAGAAAUAUUUUAUGAGAAGAUAAUGACGAUCACCCAGGAAAAAUCCGGGGCAAAGCAUCCCGACACUCUGACCAGCAUGGCAGACCUGGCAUCAACCUACCGUAAUCAGGGUCGAUGGAAUGAAGCCGAAAAGCUGUUUAUGCAAAUUUUAGAGAUAAGUCAAAUCGUGCUAGGAGCAGAGCAUCCCGUCACCUUAAAUAGCAUAGCAAACCUAGCAUCAACCUACCGGAAUCAGAGUCGGUGGAAUGAAGCUGAGAAACUAGAGGUGCAAGUUAUAGAAAUAAGGAAGACUGUGCUAGGAGCAGAGCAUCCUAACACUCUAACCAGCAUAGCAAACCUCGCAUCAACCUAUGAAAAUCAGGGUCGGUGGAUUGAAGCUGAGAAACUAGAGGUGCAAGUUAUGGAGAUAUCUAAGGCUGAGCUGGGAGCGGAGCAUCCUAACACUCUAAAUAGCAUGGGAAAUCUGGCAUCAACCUACCAGAAUCAGGGCCGGUGGAAUGAAGCUGAGAAACUGGAGGUGCAAGUUAUGGAGAUAUUCAAGACUGUGCUGGGAAUAGAGCAUCCCGACACUCUGACCAGCAUGGGAAACCUGGCAUCAACCUACCGGAAUCAGGGUCGAUGGAUUGAAGCUGAGAAACUAGAGGUGCAAGUCAUGGAGACAAGUCGGACUGUGCUAGGAGCAAUGCAUCCYGACACUCUGAUUAGUAUGGGAAAUCUGGCAUUAAYCUACCAGAAUCAGGGUCGGUGGAAUGAAGCUGAGAAACUGGAGAUCCAAGUCAUGGAGACAAGUCGGACUGUGCUAGGAGUAGAGCAUCCUAACACUYUAAYYAGCAUGGGAAAUCUGGCAUYAAYCUAYCRGAAUCAGGGUCGRUKGAAUGAAGCUGAGAAACUGGAGAUCCAAGUCAUGGAGACAAGUCGGACUGUGCUAGGAGUAGAGCAUCCCGACACUCUAAUUAGCAUGGUAAACCUGGCAUCAACCUACCGGAAUCAGGGUCGAUUGAAUGAAGCUGAAAAACUGGAGUUGCAAGUUAUGGAGUGCAAGUUAUGGACCGCGGUUGCCGUUCCCACGACCCCCGGUUCCAGUGUUCCCAUUGAUAUCGGGAUCGACGGCCCCAUGGGAAUAAUUGAGAUAGGCUCACCUGGACAAACAAUUGACGUCCAGUUUGAUACCACCUUCGAUGGGGUGCUGGUUCGAUCGACCCGCGCGGAUAUCUCUGACACAUAUAACGGCCCUGUAUACAAUAGUAGCGACUCUAAGUCAUUCAGUUAUAUUUUUGGUUCCAUCCCCGAGAAUACAUACACGCAAACGUUUGAGGAUGAUGCCUAUGCUAUAGCGCUCGCUGGCAUAGAAACAUUCAAUAUUGGCGGCAACCUCUAUUCGAAUAUCGCGUUUGGUCAGCUUGAACAAUACUAUCAGAAUAGGAGUGGACAGGCUAUUCCCUUUAGCGGGGCUGGCAGGAUUAUUGGCCUCAACUACAACUCGAUGCAGCAGCCUGGGUUCUCAAGUUUCAUGUACGCGAUGAAAUAUCAGUUGACAGAAUGGAAAUGUACUCUUGACUCAUCUCGCGAAUGGCAAAAUGGUACCUGGAUCUUUGGAAGUCUGGAAAGCAUGGAUGCGCGUGCUGAUAUCGCGUGGGCGGAUCGGAAUGUUGGCCAGCCUACUUGGAGUGUCAAUAUUACAGCGAUAUCAGCUGGCAGUAGAAAGAAUCCUCCAAUCAACACCUGGUCCGCGACAGUUUCGACGGCAGAGCCGUCCCUCGUCUGGCCGCAAAAGCUCCUAGACUGGUAUUUUACUGGCGUUGACUCUACAUGGUCCGCUUUUGAUAAUACAUAUCGCUAUCCAUGCAAUGUUGCCCUGCCUGAUUUCACGUUUGGCAUCGGAAAUGGGACCUUCACCAUCCCUGGUACCUAUAUGCCCUACCAGCGUGACCAAGCCGGUACUACUUGCAUUUCUAUCAUCACGGGGGACAAUUCUACAGACCCGAGUCAUGAGUACAUCUUUGGUUCCUGGUGGGCCCAGCUAGGUGUGCUGAUUCUUGACUACGAACAUAGCCAGGUGGGAUUCAUGAAUAAGUCGGCACCAUUGCCCGAGUUUACUACAGCUACCCUUGACGUCAUUGCAAUGAAUUGA